AUGAAGAAACCAUCCUGUGCUCUGCACACCAUCCUCCUCCCCUCCACAUCUGGGGAGCAACAUAUCUUUCCGCAAGAUAGUGACGCGGCGACUCGCCAGGCUCUCAUCAACAAGCUCCGAUGCAACAUGCUCAAAUGCAGUCCUCCAGAAACCUGGGGGGCUGGCGAUAUCUACGAAACCUGUUCUCCACAUCCAGUCCUUGUAACCCCCACUCACAAAAAACAGCUGCAAAGCCUUAGCGAAGCUCUAUCGACGGCGAUUGUCGAUGUCGUAAACCGAUGGUGGAGUGAUGCUGGGGCGAGAUUUCCAGAGCGCAUGCCAAUUGAGCCUUUUGAGGAGGACUUACUGCGGUGGAUGGACUCCCAACCAGACAGUGUUAUUCGUCCCUUUGAAACCUGCACGGGGUCAUGGCGACCGGAUAUGCUGCUCGAACCGGCAGUCGACGGGGGAAUUGAGAACUAUCGCAUCUGCGAGAUCAACGCUCGCUUCUGCAUGAAUGGGUUUCUGGUUACUGCGUAUGGGCAGCAGGCACUGCUUGAUAUGGGCGUUGGGCGGAAUGGACUCAAGGGUGUGACAGAUCCAGAGACGGUGAAAAAUGGACUGAAUAGUCUCUACAAUCCCAGCCUACCGCUGCACUUCUGUAAGGGCGAGGAACCUGGGUAUGACAUUCAUCUCUACCGCCACUACGCAAAAUCCCUCGGGAUCCAGGUACGGCUCAUCGAUCCGGCUGAUUUGCGUGUACUCGAGUCUCCUACGUCGCCUGGCGGGUAUAAAUUGUACUGCCUGGCGCAGGAGAAUGUCGCUGGUACCGUCGCCAACGAAAAUGAUGAAAUCCUCGAGGAAAUUCACCAGAUCGGAUUGGAACUGCACCAGAGGGAGCUGGCGAGGAUGACCCCCCAAAUGCUUCAGCAACUCAGCCUGCGAUGCUUCAACGACAUGCGCACCAUUCUUCUCGUCCACGACAAGCGAUUACUCGGCAUCGUCAUCCAAGAACUCGACAAUUUAGUCACGCGCAACGUCCUCACCCCCGAACAAGCCACCAUCCUCCACCAAGGCAUCGUUCCCACCAUCAUCCCCGGCUCGUCACAACUCUCCCACUUCAUCGCAGAAUGCCGUAAGUCCUCCCUCCAAGACGCCUAUCUCCUCAAACCUGUCCGCAGCGGCAAAGGAGCCGGCAUCCUCUUUGGCGACGAACUCGGCCGGGAUGAAUGGUUGUCAAAACUGAAGUCUAUGCGUGACCCUUAUCUACAGCGGGGGAAGACGACGUAUGUGAUACAGCGGCGCAUCGAACACGGACUUUACGAGGUGCUCCUGCGCGAGAGCGACGGUGUGCAGCGCUACCCCCUGAUCGGCACUUUUAUGAUGAUGCAUGGCAAACUCCUGGGCCUCGGGCUAUGGAGAAGCGGCCCAGGGCGGAUUUGCGCGCUGAGCUUGGGCGGCGGCUGGAUCUGUUCCGUGGAAGAGUAA